CCUAGCUUGUUUGAGCCGACUACCAUGUAUGUAGUUCUAGGAUAGUCUGACGCUGCUCCAUUAAUAGCAAAACUAGUAAGGCUGAUUCUAACGGAGUCUGAAACUGAUCUUUCCCCAACAGUACAACAGUACAAAUCAUUGGGCUGCAGCAGCAAAUCCGUGAAAGAACAAAGAGGAAACAGAAAACCACAUCCAGAAAAUGAAAACAGAAGGCACGGCAGAAGGAAUCGAAAGGUUCACAAGCCCCGGCAAAGGCAGAGGACUGAGGGCAUUGAAACACUAUAAAGUUGGAGAUUUGCUUUUUACGUGCCCGGCAUAUACUUACGUGUUAACUGUCAGUGAGAGGGGGAAUCAUUGUGAGUUCUGCUUUGCAAGGAAAGAGGGGCUUUCUAAGUGUGGGAAAUGCAAACAAGCGUUCUACUGCAACAUUGACUGCCAGAGAGGAGACUGGCCGAUGCACAAGUUAGAAUGUUCAUCCAUGUGCAUUUUCAAGGAGAAUUGGGAUCCCUCAGAGACUGUUCGGCUUACAGCCAGAAUCAUUGCCAAACAGAAAACACAGACGGAAAAAACUGCAUCAGAGAGACUUUUAACAGUGCCCGAGUUUGAGUCACAUCUGGAGAAGCUGGAUAAUGAGAAGAGAGAGCUGAUUCAGAGUGACAUUGCUGCCCUUCAUCACUUCUACUCCAAGCACUUGGAAUUCCCAGAUAAUGCAGCUCUUGUGGUGCUCUUUGCACAGGUCAAUUGCAAUGGCUUUACAAUAGAGGAUGAAGAACUCUCCCAUUUGGGCUCUGCCGUUUUCCCAGAUGUUGCCCUGAUGAACCACAGCUGUUGCCCCAAUGUGAUUGUCACUUACAAAGGGACCCUUGCAGAGGUCAGGGCUGUUCAGGAGAUCAAUGCUGGAGAGGAGAUCUUUACCAGCUAUAUUGACCUGCUGUACCCCACAGACGACAGGAAUGACAGAUUGAAGGAUUCAUACUUUUUCAACUGCGAUUGCAAGGAGUGUGCCACCAAAGGAAAAGAUAAAGCAAAAAUGGAAAUAAGAAAAAUGAGUGAACCUCCAAAACCUGAGACCAUCAGGGACAUGGUGAAGUAUGCCAGGAACGUGAUCGAGGAGUUCCGGAGAGCCAAGCACUAUAAAACCCCUAGCGAGCUACUGGAGAUCUGCGAGCUGAGUCUGGAUAAGAUGGAUGCUGUGUUUGAGGACACCAACGUGUACAUGCUGCACAUGAUGUACCAGGCAAUGGGGGUGUGCCUUUACAUGCAGGACUGGGAUGGAGCAUUGCGUUAUGGGGAGAAGAUCAUCAAACCCUACAGCAAGCAUUACCCUGCUUACUCUCUAAAUGUGGCCUCCAUGUGGCUGAAGUUAGGAAGGCUGUAUAUAGGAUUGGAAAAGAAGUCUCUGGGAGUCAAAGCUUUAAAAAAGGCCAUAGCAAUUAUGGAGGUGGCCCAUGGAAAGGACCAUCAUUACAUUGCAGAGAUCAAGAAAGAGAUUGAAGAAAAAUAACAUUUUUUUCCCCCCCAAAGUAAAAAUACAAUUAUGGCUUGGUAACUUAACCUUUUUACUUGUAAUGAAACUGGCUAAAUCUUGCUAUUUUAAAAUUACUGCAUCUAUUGAAAACUUUUAGCACACAUUAUACUUAUCAACUGCCUUAUUUGUCAAAGGUUUUACUUUAGACUGGUGUGGUGAUGUUACUAAAACAAGGCCUUUGUAAAUUGUUACUAUACUUAUUUGUAACAAGGAAAGUAACUUUGUAACAUUUUGUGGGUAACUUCUGUAUAAGAAAAAGCAAAAUGCACAAUUUCAAGUCAUUUAACAAGUAUUCUUUAAAUUAAAUAGGUUUGUUUGUUUUAUGAUUAAAUAUGUGUUCAUGACAAAAAUAUUUGCACGCCUGCUUUCGUAUUUUGUGUGUCCUGCUUUUGCUUUUGUCACGGCUUUGACGUUUAUGAUCAUUCUUAUCCAAUACAUUAUAUCUCGUUGGUGAAAUUUGGGCCCAUUCUGUCUUGCUUUUUUCUAUUGGAUUGUGACUCCAGAGUUGACUUAGCCGUAUGCUUUUGGUCAUUGUUAUAUUAGAAGUUGCCAAUCACCCUACCAGGAGAUGGUAUCAUUGUAUUUCGUAGAUUUUUUUUUUUUUAAUACAUUUCAGCGUUCAUUCAAUCUUUAAUCACUUGAAUGUCUCUAAACUACUAAAUCACCCCCAUAUCAUGGUAAACCCACCUCCAUGUUUAACUGUAGUGCAAGGUUUUCUUCAUUAAAGCUUUCCCUUUUUCCUCCAAACAUACUGUGGUCCAUUUUUUGGGAAAAGUUAUAUUUUAGUCUCAUCGGACUAGAGUAUUUUGUUGAAGGUGUUUGAUUCCUGUUCCAUAUUUCUUGGCAUGUUUAAGUUUAUUCUAUGCAUUUUCUUUAAUAGUGGUGCGCAGCCAAGUCUACAUUCAUGCAACUCUUUUAUGUUCAGGUGACUUUGUACAGUUUUUUUUUGUGCACUGUUAUUAAGGAUUUGAUUUUGUCAUGGUAAAAAUCACAGCACAGUCGCAGCUAAAAAUAGACAAUUUCAUGGAAUGGUCACGGCAACAAAAAUAUAUUUAUUCAU